AGUGUUGUUUGUUGCUCGGGCGUUCUCAACCACACUUUAUAGGUGAAGGAUAUUUACGGUAUUGUGUGAUUGACGUUCACGCGGACCGCUCAGCUUUGCGCGGGAGGCGGGCCGAAGUGGCGCGUCUAGCCAAUGAGAGCGCUUGAAAGCGUGGGCGUUGGCGCAGUGCGCUAGAGGUUUGGUUGACGUUUGUUUUCGAUAGGGGCCCAUGAUGAAUUCAGCAUUGUGGAGCAGGUCAGAGUCAAACGCGAACCUUCGACUGGAUUUAAAGGAGCAGGAACUCCAGAUACUGUAGUGUAGCACUCGUAUGCGAGUGUUUGAUGGCUGUAUUUCGCAGAGAUAGAUGUGUCAGGGUUUGAGGUUUUUUAGGUCAACAUUUCUUCCUGUAAACAUUGCGUGGGUGGCAGCAUGCUGUAAGAGGAACAGCAGCGAGGAAGCCACGCUGGUUUUCACACGGGAUUAUUUGCUUAUAAAAAGUAGCUCUUACUUUGUGACAAAGAUUUGACAAACCUAAGGCUACAGAGUUCAGAUUGGUUGAAGAAUCAGAGCUCUCCUACAUGAACAGCCCAUGGUCCACAGUGCACUGGAAGUUUUACCUGGUGUUGUUCUUACUUGUUCUUUGUUGUUGUUCUUGUUUUCUGAUUUGGUCCAAAUUGCUUACUACACACACUUGUUUGAUGGCCAGCUAAGGUUCGUCUACUGAUCCUGAAACCCCGAAAAGCUCUUGAAAAAGGGCUUGCAGCAGUUUAUUUGUGGUUUCUCUCAGACAAAUUCUGAUGUAAUGUAGUCCAGUCCAAGCUGCGAAAAUGAAACCUACUUGCAGUGAAAUACAUUGUAAUGACUAAAGCACUGCUUUUUGAUACCUGCUGCAUUACACAGAGAGUAUGUACAUUCAGGAAGAAGGACACUGAUUUGAUCAUAACAUCCCCAUUCUUAAGAUUCUUCCAUUCGUGCCUCAGACUGUUUGCUGCAGAGACAUGUCUGAGACACAGAGUGGGUGAUCUGAUCACUGUUGGACAUUUUUUAAAAGGGCAUUUUUAUUUACUCUUUAGAACUCUUUUGAAUGCUAAAAGUGUUUGAUGUAGAGCUCUGAGCAUAGCCAGGACUGAUUUUACAGAUUUCAUUUCAGUUGAUCCUUUAAUUUCAUAAAUCAAUAUUUCAUAACCCUUUUCAUAAACCUGUAGAUUCAAAGCACUAUUAACUGGUUUAAAGCUAAUAGUCCCAGUGCUUCAAUCAAGUAAUGCAUAUAAUAUUAUUCCAUACAAGGGUCUCAGUUCAAUAUGUCUUCAUAUGAAAAAUCUAUCUAGUAGACUUCAUAACAAGUAACAAUAGUUACUAUAACAAUGGUUAUAAUGUUUCAGUUACAUGAAGUAUUAAAUAAACAUACUUCUACCAGCUUAUUAACUCAGAAAGCAGCAAGUAGGAAGUGAAAAAUUCCCCCAAAUCUUUAAGGUCUGCUGUACACUGGCUUAUUAACUUGGUGAAUAACAAUGCUGACAGUCAGAGGGCUUUCUCUGCAGAGAGCUCUGUGAAUCUGAGAGCACAUCAGAAUAAACAGCAGAAUAAAAUAAAGUGUCACAUAGUCACACCAGUCACUUAUUUUAGCGUUUUUAAAUACAGCCACUUUUGCAGGAAAUUCAUGCAUUUAUCCUGUCAGUUGCCCUUUCAGCCAAUCAUGUGGCUACAGCUUAGGAAAAAAAUGCAGAUACAGGUCAAGAGCUUCACAUUAGUGGGUUUGACUGUGAUAUAGUUGUUGGUGCCAGAUGGGAUGGUUAUUUCGGAAAUUGAAGAUUUCCUGGGAUUUUCCACAUGCAACAGUGUAUAGAGUCUACACACAACAGUUGUUGGCAAGAGAGGUCAGAUGAGGAUGGCCAGACUGCUUCAAGCUGACAGGCAUUAGUAACUCAAAUAAGCACUCUCUACAACCAGGCUGAGCAGAACAGCAUUUCCAGAAGAGCAACAAAUAUUGAGGUGAAUGCACUACAGCAGCAGAACACCAAAUCAGGGCCUACCCAUGUCAGCCAAAAACAGGAACCUGAGAUUACUGUGGGUACAGACUAAAUGAAGCUGGUCACUUAGAUUUUUGGGGACAAAAAACAGGUUCUGCUGUAAAUUAAUGCUGUUGCCAUCAGCUCAAUCAGAGGCGCAGGUUACUUUACUUCUCUAACAAGUAUGGACCCGGGAAAUUUCAUUCUCAUUCAAAAGGAAUUGCACGACAAUUCCAGUGCAAACAAACACAGACCGCCUUCUCUUGUAGGCUGAAAGGAGUGGACCCUGAUGUGGUCUUCAGCUCUUGUAGCCCAUCUGCGUCAACAAUUAUCUAGUUGUGUGUUCUGAAAUGCUUUUCUGAUCAUGGUUGUAAAGGGUGAUUUCUUAAAUGAACAUGUCAGCUCUUCUGGCCAUUUCCCUCUCACUUUUCUCAGCAACAAGCACAUGUUCAGGCACUGCUAAUUUUUGUUGUAUUGAAACACUGUCUUAUCAAGUUUAAAUAGAGUUAAAUAGAGAAAUAUUGAUGCAUCCCUAGUAUGUCUAUCUGAAAGUAUGUAAUUAUGGCAGCUUUAUUUAUUUAUUAUUCCUUUUCUUUAGUGUACAAUGUCUCCUGUAUACUAUAGACUGCUGCAUUGCUGCUGUAGUCAUAAAGACUGUUUGUGCUUAUUCCUUUACUCUAAUUCACACUAUUUUCCCUGAAUCUAGUGAUUUAUAAUCCCAUUCUUGAUGGUUUCUGUUUUGUGUCCAGAUUGCUCUCAAGGGUUUUUUUCCAUCCCUGUCAUCUCAGGGAGGUACUUUUGAAUGUUGGAUGUUUUUCUGGUUAGUUGAUGAGUAAUCAAAGUGUGUACCAAACACUAGUGCUGUAUCAAAGAAAUAUGAUGUAAUUAUGUAGGCAAUACGGCACACCCCAAAUUCAUGGCCUAGUUUUGACUUGAGCCAUAUAGCUUUUCAAUAUAAACUCAUCCAGAACCCAUAGCCUAAACAGGUUAUUUAAUAAUUUUCUAAUUAGCACCACCAUUAUUUUUUUUAAGUAGAUGUAAUAGUAUAAUAAUGUAAUAAAAAUAAUUAAAUGAUGUUAACAUUAUACUUUUCGAGUAAGUCAAACACACAAUUGAAAAAGCUCCAGAUAUUCUCCAUUUACCUUGACAGAGCUCCCAUGCGAGUGCACCUCGCAGACGUGAGAUAUUGCUUCUGAAGUGGGCGGAGCUUCCAGGAAGUGCCAAAUAAUAUUAACAACAUAGCUCAAAACACCUGUGUCAGUUUAUUGGGGAGAAAACGGCUGCUCUUUUGGUAUAUAAUAACCCAAAAUGUCAAAUUAGUUAUGGUGAAUUGCAGAGCUCCUGCUUAGAAAAUCUGGUAAUAUACUACAGUCACAGUAAACAUCACUGGUUAUUGUGGCAGUGUAAUGCCUUGUAGAGAUAAUUUAAACAGUAUCGCACAAGCAGGAGUGCAGUUAUACUGAAUAUCGGCAUGGUACAACAGGGUGCCACAGGUUUAUACAACAGUUCUAUAAACAAGAAGUUAAUAUCUAGGAAAUGAUAUUUUGGAUACAACAUGGCCAAAUGUUCUGUCACUAGUGGAAAUAGAUCCAGAAAAAGCCACACUCAUUUACCAGCUUAUCGGCUAGCCGGAUAACUAACAAGGAUGUGUACAUUUCUGUUAAAGGAGCUUACAGUAAAAUUUGCAUGCCUUCUAUCUUUUCAUCUUCAAAUGACAAUUUUCAUAUUUUAAGCCAAAUGAUACGUUACAGAAAUGUCAUGUCUGCUGAUGCUGGUUCUAACACUAGUGUAGUGAUUGUUUUUAAAGUGGAAUUUUACAUAGUAAACACAGAAGAGCAAAGUAAAAACACACAUCCCAGUGUGGUUAUAGUAAAUACAGGAACUCUGGGAAGGCUGCUCAACCUGUCAAAUUAGUGGACCGGAAUAAACUAUUGCAAAAUAUGUAUAAUUAUAUAAAUAUUAUUUAUAAAUGUGAUUUUUUUUUCAUAAAAAAUUAUAUAGCUCUCGCAUAGCCUAGUUUAGAGUUGCACGAAAGAUUGUGUUUAUUCAAACCCGCUAGCUAGCUUUAGAAAAGAGCAGCGCAAAGAAUCACAAUUGUCCUGCUUUUUCCAGGAUGGAUCUAAGCUGAAACUGUCUAGAAAGAAUUGCAAGGUUUCUCUUUCUCUUUGUUCAGCAUUUCCUUUUCCAGCCCGGUCAUUCUUUGCAACACAAUCAUUUCAAAAGCUGGUGUCACUUGCCUGUGAUCUGUAAACUUUUGCUCCAGAGUAAAUUGAGGCACCUUAAAUCUAAUCAGGAUUGAAGUAUAAAAUUCACCAGAAUUCUGCUUGUUGUAGCACAUUAUCAAACAAAAGUGUCAGUUUAAAUCAGCUUAGUGUUUUAUGGUAACACUGUAAAAAAUAAUACUGUACUGAAAAUACUGUACACUGUACGAUUUCUUAGGCUCAAUCUGCUAACCCCGAUCGUUCAAAUCAUAGCAAAGGAUAGCUUUUUAGACCAAUGUUGUUUUCAGCUAUAUCCGAGAGCUGUCUUGCAUGCUAUAUAAGCAUGUAUACACAACAGGUGAAUAUAUUCAUUGGAUGGGGGUGCCUGGUCUCUUCCCCAUUCCAGAUUUGACGUUUGACAUUUCCUCUGUCAAAGUUGGGAUUGUGACAGCUAGGUAAAGUUUUAUGGAAAGUUUUGCAUGCAAAUCAUCCUGUCUGCUGAAAGAGUAUAAGAAGGCAGUCAGUCACUAAAGGGGAAAAUGGUGUUUUGUUGUCUUUCCUCUGUGUCAUUUUCUAUCGUUUGUGUUACAAGCUCUACAGUUUGCAAAAACUGAAGGGUGAUAAUACACUUGUUUGACUUCACAAUGCCAGGAGGAAAUGAUGUCAUCUAGCACACGAAGAAGGCUGUGUUGCUCCAUCUCACAGCUGGCCAGUACAGCCCUGGCACUCUCACGCACAUUUCACUUGAUUUGUUAUGCAAAGGGCGUUAGGCUGUUCGGGUUCCUCUGUUUAUGACUAUCUGUAGGCAGUGGUGAAAGGGUGCUGCAGAGGUUGUUUAAAAAUAGCCCCGGCGCUUGACACUCUUGUUCUUGCUCUCUCGCCUUCUUCCGAACUGUCUUCAGGGCUGCUAGCUUUUCUUCUAUGGAGCUGAAUCACCUUUUUCAGAGGGCCUCUGUAACUUUUUCUGACCAUGGCUAGACAUGCAUUAUCUUGCACAAAGUCAUUCCAUUUCUUUCUGUCUCCUGUUGCUGUUUGUGUCGUGCUGCACCGAGGAACAAAGGUCUAUCAGUUGAUGCUGCUAGUGCUUGUUCUAAUUUCAGCAAACAGCCGGUUGUGACAGCCGCUUGUAGCUACUGUUUGUACACUGAAUUGCAGUUUAAAACAGAGGAGAAAAACACAGCCAUACUCGCAUGUGUGGCUAAGGCAUUGUUAUUGCAGAACGUCUUAUUGGUCACAUCAAUUGUCUGCCAGAGACUGACACAAGAACAAGGAUAUUGUGGGAAGCGAGGUGGCAGAAAAGUUUCCGCCAAGGAACCAGGAAUCUGUUCUCGGCAAUGCCUCAGCCUAGUGUCAGUGGAAUGGAUCCUCCCUUUGGGGAUGCCUUUCAAAACUACACUUUCGCUGACCAGGCACUGACCAGCACUGACCUGUUAGCCAACAGCUCAGACCCAGACUUCAUUUAUGAACUGGACAGAGAUAUGACUUGUCGCCAGAGCCCUGGUAGAGACGUGUUUGAAGUUGAGGACUGCAAGGAGUUUGACAGCAUGGAAAAUCUUCCAGAACUAAUAGACAAUGACCUGGCUUACAGCUCCAACUUCGAACAGUGGGACACAUAUUGGGAAGACUUGACCAAGUACACACGCCUCACCAGCUGUGACAUCUGGGGCACUAAGGAGGUUGACUUCUUGGGCCUGGAUGAUUUCUCCAGCCCUUACCAAGAUGAGGAAGUCAUAAGCCGUACACCCACCUUGGCCCAGCUCAACAGUGAGGACUCUCAGCCAGUGUCAGACACUUUAUACCUUCCAGAUUCACUGGCAGGUCAAAAGCAGACUAUUUUUCCUCCGCCAGUGGUAGGGAAGAAGAUGGCCAGAACCACCACUUUUGUCACAGGCACUUCCUCCAAUCACAGUACACUGCCGGAUUAUGCCGAAGGUUCCCAGAAGGCCACGUGGCCAGUACCCUCAAGCACUGAGACUAUGGCAAAAGCCCAGAUGCAAGGGCCUAGCAGGGUUGCAUCUCCCCAGCCAGAGAACACAGAUUAUGUACGCAAGGCCAAGGUUUGCAUUAGCGUACCACGCAAGCCCUUCCUAGAGAGUUGUGCUCCACAGAUCAGUGUGUCUGCCAGCUCCCCUCUCAUCAAGGAGCACGAGUCAAGUGCUUCUUUGAUCAGUAAUGUCCAAACAGCCACUAUUGACACUCCAUCUUCUCUUAUUCCACUGGUUUGUGAGAAAAAAGUGGAAAUCUGUAAAAGAGAAGCUCUGUGUGGCUCUACUCCAGAGGUAGGAUUGUCAAGAGGAAAGCCAAUGAAGCAUAACUUCCCUGUGGCUGGCAGCAGUGAAACCUUGCUCACCGUGAGUGCUCUCGGAGCCGAUGCUACUGCUGCCGCUGAGAAGAAGAAAGAAGAGGAGCACAACUACUCACUAUUCCUGAACCGGGUGAGGCUUGCAGGCAAAGCUCCCACUGACAUAGAGGAAGAAGAAGAUGAGGAAGAAGAAGAAGGCGAGGAGGAAGAGGAAGAGGAGGAGGCAGAGGGGGUGGACUUGGAUGAUGAAGACCAUGAUGAAGGAUUUGGCAGCGAGCAUGAGCUUUCAGAAAAUGAAGAGGAAGAGGAAGAAGAAGAAGAUGAUGAGUAUGAGGGAGACAAAGAUGAUGACAUCAGCGAUGCGUUCUCCGAGCCAGGAUGUGACACGGACAUGGUAGAGGACGUAAAAGGUUUGACUGCCGGAAUUUCCAGAAAGAGGGGCAAGCGCAGAUACUUUUGGGAAUACAGCGAGCAACUCACCCCAUCUAAGCAAGAACGGAUGCUAAAACCUUCAGAGUGGGACAGAGACACCCUUCCCAGCAAUAUGUAUCAAAAGAAUGGCCUGCAUCAUGGAAAAUACACACUAAAGAAAUCCCGGCGAACAGACGUAGAGGAUCUCACGCCCAACCCGAGGAAGCUGCUUCAGAUUGGGAAUGAAUUGCGCAAGCUUAACAAGGUGAUUAGUGAUCUGACCCCUGUUAGUGAGCUGCCCCUGACUGCCCGCCCUCGCUCUCGAAAGGAGAAAAACAAGCUGGCAUCCAGGGCCUGCAGAUUGAAGAAAAAAGCUCAGUAUGAAGCCAACAAGGUCAAGCUGUGGGGUCUUGGCACUGAAUAUGAUCGAUUGCUGUUUGUGAUUAAUACAAUCAAAGAGGAGAUUGUGAACCGAGUUCAAGAUAGCUCAAAUAACAACGGGACAAGUAUGGCAGAGAAGCUGGACAAGCUCAUAGAGGAGACACUAGUGCAAUCACCAGUAGCUGGCCAGACUUCAGAUUUUGUGAACCAGAUCCUUGAGAAUACAGGCAAGGGUGACCCCACUGGAGGUCUAGUGGGACUGCGUGUACCUACGCUGAAAGUGUAGAAGCAUCCAGAUAGUAUUCGGAAGCACACUCAAAGCCAUCCGCGCCAUUCCUGUCUCUACACUCUGCAUGCCCAUGUCAACCGGAGAUGCUCAAAAUGCUUAAUGUGGAUACAUGCAUACGAACACCUGUCCGUCUGUGCAUACGUAUGUAUAUAUUCACCUUCCACGCACCUACAGAAAUCUCUGCACUCAGUAGUCUGUUUCCUUACCACGUGUGCAUGUGGCUGGUAAAAACCUCCAUCUGCAAGCCACCAUUUUGCAAAAUACAAAAGCCAAUUUACGAGAUACCUCCCGGAAUGUAUCGUCCUUUUGAAGAUGAAGACGCAACCUGUUCCUGCUGUAGCCAUUUUUUACUUGCGUCCAGCAAAUACCCCUGUACUGGAUUAAGAAAGCAGAGGUGUCUUCUUUUGCGAAUCUGCAUACAUUACGAUCAUUAUUUAAGCCUUGUGGAUAGAAAGACAUUUUAGAGAGAUAUAGCUAAAUGUCAUAUGUGGUUAUGUAAAAGUUUCAACAUUUAACUAAACCUCUGCUUUCUUAAUCUGGUGGAGGGGGAAUUUGUUAGGAUUAAACAAGUUACACCCUUAUAUGCCAAUUCUGAAAUAGCCAAUGCAAACACAGAAACAUGUUAAUCAUCUACCUUUAUUGGAAACCAACUCAAAAAUUGACAGUAGGCAUAUAAAUUUAGGACAGGGAUACAGCACGACAAUUAGGAUAGGACUGGGCUUGAAUGUUCUGUUCCUUUUGUCUUGGGGGUCUCAGGGUGAAUAGAGAGAGAUUAUUGACUGACUGGAGCAGAUGGUCCAUUUAAAUCUCCUUCCUUAACUGGGAAGGACUAUUAUUUUGUACUGGUGACUCCACCCACUUUGAUCAAAGUGCCCUCACAUCAGAUGACCCUGGACGUUUUCCGAAGUUGCAUCGAAGGGGCUCAGAAGUUGAUUCCCUGACUCAGUCUUGUUCAUAUUUGUACUUAUUAAAAGUAAGAUUCAUUGUGCCUUGUAGAUGUUGAGGGGAUAACGAAUCUCACUUGAAAGCAAGUGGACCAUGUUUCAAGGAGAAGGAGAGCAGUGAGGCAAGUCAAACCUGUGGGUUUGUUAUGUAUUUAAGCUUGAUAAAGAUACUCUGAAUGAACGUAGGAACAUGGAAAAAUAUUGAUUUAUGCCACAGAGUCUGUGCUAGGUAAAAUAAGAUGGCUCUGAAAAAUAUUUCUUUCCUCUCUCUAUUUUGGUACUUCAUUUAAGUGAAGAAUGGAUGUGUGUGCUUGUGCGUGUGUAUGUGUUGUGGGGGGUUAUUUUAAGACAACUAUUCAUAUUAUAAAUACGAAAAAGAGAUUUGCACACUAUAUUCUGAUUGUUUUGUUUUUGUACCAAAGACACAUGCAACGUAAAUUGGCAACUAGCCAGUUUAAGUAAGGUUUUGCACAGCUAACCUGACACCGUAUUGAAUGUAGGAAAAAAAAAAAGUUGUAGGGUCAGGGAUUUUCAACGAACUGUGAAAUUUGCUUGGGUCCAAUUAUCUACAGAAAGAAGCAUUCAUUCGCAUCCUCCUAGAGCUCUUGUGCUGUUCUUCAGCUCUCAAGUUGAAGUGUUGCUUUGGAAACGUUUGUACUAAAAUCAAGCAGUUCAGUUUCCCACCAUUACACUUUUGUCCAUUAAUGCUUUUAAAACUGUAGAACUGAUGCUUUUUGUAAUUGCGUAUGUAUGACGUUAUCAGAGAACCAAAAUGUUCACUUUUAUUAAUAUCCUUUAAAUUUAUGGAGAAGAAUAAGCAUACAACAAAAAAAUGAUCUUGAGUAUGUCAUGUGUAUAGUCAGUAUAUCAUGCAUACACACACUUGUAUAUGUAUCGAUAAAAUGGUACCUUUUCAAUGGAUAUGUUAAUAAGCACGACAUAUUUCUAUAGCUUUAUAUUUAGUGAGUAAUCUGGAAAUUAUCUUAAAAAAAAGACUUAUUCUCUGUAUUUUUGUAACAUUUUCCUUUAUUUUUUUUUAAAUUUUUUUUUUUUUUUUUGCUGUUUAAUGUUCUAUGAACAUAUCUAUAAACCGUUUUGGAGAAAGGCUUUGAUGAAUUUAUCAUCAGCAUGUCAUACUUUCAAAGGAUUUCAAAUCUGGACCCAGUCAUAGGCUCUUCCUUGUCCAAAUUAAGACUGCUUAUACUUUGAGGCAGGAAAGCAUUCUGAGAGAGAGCUUUAUAGUUGCACCAUGAUGGCUAGCUGCUGCACCUUUAUACUUGUCCAGUGUGAAAAGCUACUGCACUUCCCAAUGCAGAACUGCAUGUUAUCUGGAAAAAAAAGCUUGAUGGAUAGUCAUGGUUUGUCUUUGGGUGUUUUUGGAGCUCUUAUUUUUUUGAUUGAAUUAAAGAAGGGAAAAUAUUUUCCUCUACAACCCCUAUUAUAUUUAAGCUAAAGAUUUGCAUAGAUCAUUAGAAGCUCAUAGAUGUUCUCUUUUUUUUCUUUUUUUUUGGAAGUGUAAUAGAUUUUGUUGUAGUACCGUUCAUGUUAGAAGCUAUUGUAAUUUGCAGUGUUCUCUUUAUACAUAGAAAUGAGAUAUAUCUUCUAUAUUUAUCUUGUGUAUAUACAAACAUACCUAUAUUACAUGUAAGAUAACUAAAGCACUUUGUCUAGACAAAAAGAAAGAAAAAAAAAAGAGGAAAAAAAAGCAUUCUUUUCCUUCCAUCUGCUGCUAAACAGGCCUUGUUUGAAUGCUGCAGUGAGUACUUGACUUUUACCAUCCUUUUACCAGGACAGGUUGACAGUAAAGUCUUGAGAGGACAGGCCCCUGAGUGACGACAAGUCAAGUGUCACAAACUCCAUUUGCCUUUAGUAGACAUUUCCUAUGGAAAAAGUGCAAAUUCUGCUUUGUGUUCUUCUUCAGGUUGAUGUACAGUAUUGACAUGUUCUCUCUGAACAUUGCCAGAGGUGAAUAUUGCUAUCAAUAAUUUUUUAAAGUAAUUUGUACUUAAUGGGGGAAAUCUGAGGUGUUUGAGGAAGCGCAGGCUUCUUAUUAGUGGCUCAGAGAAAAAAGAAAAAAAAAAAAACUAUAUCGCUGUACUGUAAGGCAAAUCUCCUUGCCGUAGGGAAUUAAUCAGACUACAUCCUUUUUGCCUUUCCAAACACCCAUCCAUUCUUGAUAAAAGGCAAGGCUCUAAAAGCUUUGUUGCUAUGACAACUUAUCCUGGCCUUCGUCGUGCCAUCUUGAACUAAAGCUUCUUAGCCUGGCGUUGGCUCUCCGUAGUUAUGACCAAUUUGUAAUUAAAAAAAACAAACAAACAAAAAAAAAAA